GUCCUUCGCAGAUUCUCCUUGUUCUACCUAGACAGUGAGUGUGCGAGAGAGAAUACGAAUCGAAUCGAAUCUUGAUUUAGAGAGGAACUAGGGUUUGUCUAUUGAAGUUUGGUAGCGAUUAGUGAGGAAAUGUUGGACUAAGAAAUCAAUUUGGGAGUGUUCUGUUUGUGUAUGGCUGAUUAAAGAGUUGAGAAUCACUCCAUUGGUCUGAAAAGUCGUUUUAAAUUGGAGUCUGGAACUUGUAAUACCUGCUCUGCGCCUUGUCAAUCUUGCAUGCAUUGUAGUAAUGGGGGCUUUACCGGUUCAAUGUCAGAAGAAUCUUCGGAUGAAGACUCCCAUGGUGUAGUGGCCAGCCAGUGUUCUUUCAACGAGGACGAUAGAUUGCGUUCUUCUCGCGUUUAUACUCUCGGCAACACUACUAGUGAAGCGAGCAAUCUGGUUAAUUCCACUCUUGAUACAUCAGCUAUGUCUGAAAGUGAGACUGCUGAUCCUGAAGGGCAGGAAAUUGAUGUGAAAAUUUGUGACACUUGUGGAGUUGCGGGUCGUGAGGAUUUACUUGCUAUCUGCAGCAGAUGCAAUGAUGGUGCAGAACACACCUAUUGCAUGCGGACAAUGCUUAAAAAAGUUCCAGCGGGUGAUUGGCUUUGUGAAGAAUGCAAGUUUGUUGAGCAAGCAGAAAAGCGGAAGCGAGAAAUUAAGAGAAAACAAGAAAUUGAGGCAAAUUUGAAUACACAGACCUCCAGCAAAAGGCCCAUAGAUAAACCUGAGGCAGCUCCAGAUUCUAAAAGACAAGCAGUUGAGGCCCCAACAGGGUCACCCAAAAGACCUGUUCUCCCCAGAUUGACCGCUUUUUCCCGGGAAACAUUUAAGGACGCAGAGAAGACAACGCGAAAGUUAGCCCAUCUCUCAUCUUUCAAUAGCCACUCUAGUGAUGACACAGAAAGCACACGAUCUACUGACUCACAGCUCCAGUCUCCUAAAGUUUGUGCAGGCUCUCUUUUUAAGUCCAAUUCGUUUAAUUCUAGACCAAAAGGGAGACCAGUGGAUGAUGUUAUGCCUAAGGAGGGGCUUUCUAGAAAGUUAGGUAGAUCAAUGUCAACUAGAUGCAUAGACGUAGUGAGCUCUGGUUGCAAUGACUCAAGAGUAAAAGGUUCAAAGCAACUGAACGAUCGGAGCACAGAAGCUUACCCUGCGGCUUCCGCAGUCGAUCAGAAGCUAAUCUCACGUGGCAAUUCGUCCAGCUCAUAUGCAAAUAGUGCCCGUGAUUGUAAAGAAGGAAGCUUAACAAAGAAAGCUAGAAAUCUAAACCGCGUGGAAGAUAUAGUUGCAUCUGUGGGGGAUAAACAUACGAAUGAAAAAAGCAAAGACGCUGUUGAUACUCGCCGAAGGUCAUCUUUAAAAGACCUGCCAUCUCAAAAAGGUCAGACGGCCGAGCCUGCUGAGACUUCAUGUGCCUCUGGAAGCAGUCUCUCUACCACGCAAAACAUUAAGGAGGAUAUUAAUAAGGGCAAUAGGUUGCGAGCAGCGGUUGAUGCUGCUCUGCGGAAAAAACCUAGCUUUAGCAAGAACCGAGGAUUGGAGCAGUCUGAUUUGCCGUCAGUGUCUGAUGUGGAUUCUAGUUGUGAUAGGGCUGUUCCAAAUCUUCCCUCGAAGGUGCCUAUCGUGAGAGAUUGGCCUGUGGGAUUGCAAGGAAGGCAUCCAAAUUUACAGACAGACAAGCAGUUGAUUGCAGUAAAUAGAAAACAGUCUACACUCGCUGCUGCUGAUGCAAUGGCUGCUCCUCAAUCUGUAGAGCCUGCAGUUCAUUUACAUUCUGUAAAGCCGGUCAUGAGAGAUUUGCCUGUUGGCUUGCAAGGAGGGCAUCCAAAUUCACCGACAGACAAGCAGAAGACUGCAGUAAACAAAAAGCAGUUUCCACUCGCAAGUGCUAAUGCAAUGGCAGCUUCUCAAUCUGUAGAGCCUGCAGUUUCUUUACCUUCUGUAAAACCUGUCAUGAGUGAUUUGCCUGUGGUUGACCCAUCUGUUCUGUCGACAACCUCAGCCAUCCCAGAGCAUGAAUACAUUUGGCAGGGGGACAUGGAGGUGCAGAAAAGCAGAAAUCUAUCAGCAAUGCAUUAUGGAAUGCAAGCAUAUCUAUCAACAUUAGCAUCACCUAAGGUUGCUGAAGUGGUGAACCAAUUUUCAGUAAAAGUUACCUUGAAGGAAGUACCCAGGCUAAGUACGUGGCCUUCGCAGUUUCAAGAUAGAGGUGCUCAGGAAGGCCAUGUGGCUCUUUUCUUCUUUGCCAAGGACAUUGAGAGUUAUGAGAAAUGUUACAAGCCCCUGGUAGAUAACAUGAUCCAGAAAGACUUAGCUCUAAAGGGAAGCCUCAAGGGUGUUGAGCUUUUGAUUUUUGCGUCCAAUCAACUUCCUCAGAACUGCCAGCGUUGGAACAUGUUCUUUUUCCUUUGGGGUGUAUUUCGAGGAAGUGGUCCACUCAAGAACAAACCUCUUCCGGCGUCUAAUGUUUUGCCAAAUAUGGGGAAAGUGUUUUCUACAAGUACAAUAGAGACCUCAAUUGACCGCCCAUCGAGCAGAAUGCAAUCGUCCAUGAAGGAGAAUGGUAAAGAGAGUGAAGCGGACGGUGGAGUUAGUGGAGCGGUGGAAGAAACUGAGGAAGGAGAGAUAGGUCUUAGCCCUCACUUUAGAAAGGAGAAGAUUUCAGAUAACGGGCCUAGGAGAGUAAAUUCAUCUGACAUGAACCAGAAAGUAAACAUGGAUGAUCUGAAUGGUGUAGAGUUGUGUGAAGGACCAGCGAAUAAAAAGCUGAAGACAAGCACAGGAGUAGAAACCGAAUGUAACAUAUUCAGGAGAGAUACAUCUGGUGGUCCCCGUCCCCGUGAGGAGGAAAAUGUGAUCAAGAAGAAUACAGAUGCAACUGAAAGGAUCGUGUUCCCUUUGGAUUUGAAUGAUGGAAAGGAAGACGAUGUUGAAAUGGUAGAAAAUAAUCCCAGAGCACAAGGCAAUGACAAGAACAAAAGAAGAUCACUCGGUAUGGUACCAAAUCUUGAGCUGGGUCUAGGAGAGGAUGAAACUACAACAACCACAGGAAUCGUCUUGCCCUUCAUGGCUGGACCAAGCGCCACUGAAAAGCAUAGAAGUAGCAGUAGCCAGAAACCACAAGAAGACAAUGCAGUUUCUCUCUCACUAUCCUUAUCCUUCUCAUCCCUGGAAAAGGAACAACAACAGCAGAAUCAGAGACGAGUGUCUGGAUGGGAAUACAAGAAGCAGAAUGUGAAUACUCCUAUGUUUCUCUUCAGAAACUUCCCUGACAGAUCCUCUUAGGGUCCUUAGUUCUUAGGGAUAACAGUAUCAUCAAGCGACAUGGGGAGAGAGAGUAUAUGCAGUAGCUUUGGAUCAUCUGUUCAUAUAAAUGAACCUUCUUUUAGUUUGGUCUUUUGGUUUCCUGAAAAAGACCCAACCAAACCAGGACUCGCAACAGCUUUGUACAUAUGAAGGCGAUGGGAAAAAGACAGAUGAGAAGUGUGUGUUGUCUAUUAGACUAUUAGUAAACUCUCUAUUUUUCUCAUGUUCUUUAUAGAUAUUAGCAUACAAGUGAGCAGCUGACAAGUUUAUUCAUACAUUCAUAGCUUUCACAAUUUGAUGCCUGAGUGGAAUCACUUGCAAGUUCAGAAAAAUCAAGUGGAAUCAGAAUUGAUGUUAUUACAUGACACUGGAGGGGAUUUGUUCUGUUGAUAAACCAAAAGUGAAAUAAAACCGGAUUGGUUAAACUGAGUUUAACCGGUUGCCUCUUCG